UCAUUUGAACCUAUGUUGAAUGACCGUGACAGGUUUCAAUAUGUAUAUCAGAUGGCCACCAAGGACACUUCCCUAACUCUUGCCAUGGUCUCUUUGAUGGUUCAUUAUACCUGGAACUGGGUGGGAUUGGUCAUCUCAGAUGAUGACCAAGGGAUUCAAUUUCUGUCAGACUUGAGAGAAAAGAUGCAAAGAAAUGGAAUCUGCUCUGCUUUUGUGAAUGUAGUCCCAGUAAACAACCAGUUUUACUUGAGAAGACAUGGAAUAUAUUAUGAGCAUAUUAUGACAUCAUCAGCAAAUGUUAUCAUCAUAUAUGGUGACACUAGCUCUACUCUCGAUGAAACCAUCAGAAUGUGGCAAUAUGUAGGCACAGGAAAGAUCUGGGUCACUACCACACAAUGGUAUGACAUCUCAAGUAAGAAAUACUUAAGCCUUGACCCAUUUCAUAGGACUUUCACUCUUUCUCAACACUGUGGUGAUAAUUAUGGAUUUAAGAAAUUUAUCCAAACACUGAAAUCUUCCAAGUACUUAGAAGACAUUUCUUUGGAAAUGUUGGGGUGGAUGUAUUUUAAUUGUUCUGUGUCAGAGUCUAAAUGGAAAACCUUGUAUAAUUUUUCAUCCAACACAUCACUGGAAUUGUUGACACAGCACACUUUCGAUGUGGCCAUGAGUGAGGAGAGUUACCAUAUAUACAAUGCUGCAUAUGUGGUGGCCUACUCCCUCCAUGAGCUGCUGCUUCAACAAGUAGAUAUUGCAAAUAUGGAUAUUGACAACAGACCUCAGAGUGACUGUUGGAAGCUGAACUAUUUACUAAAAGACAUGCAAUUUACCAACCCUGUUGGAGACCUAGUGGAUAUGAAUCAGAAAAGGAAAUUAGACCCAGACUUUGACAUUUUCAAUUCAUGGGAUUUUCAAGAAAGUUUGCAGGUAAAGGUGAAAACAGGACGGUUUUCCCCAUAUCUUCCACAAGAACAGCAACUGCAAUUACUGGACGACAUGGUAGAGUGGACCCCUGGAAGUGGACAGAUUCCUUCCUCUGUGUGUAGUGCAACUUGCACCCCUGGAUUCAGGAAAUCCCAACAGGAGGGGAAGGCUCCCUGCUGUUUUGAUUGUAUUCCCUGCCCAGAGAAUGAGAUUUCCAAUGACACAAAUAUGGAGCAGUGUUUGAAGUGUCCAGAAGAUCAGUAUGCCAACACAGAACAGACCCACUGUCUACAAAGAACUAUAACAUUUCUUGCAUAUGAAGAACCCCUGGGGAUGGUUCUGGCCUGCUUGGCCCUGUGUUUCUGUGCACUGACCUCUCUAGUUUUGGGGGUAUUUGUGAAGCACCAUGACACUCCCAUUGUGAGGGCCAACAACCGUGCUCUCAGCUACAUCCUGCUCAUCUCCCUGGACUUCUGUUUCCUCUGCUCCCUGCUCUUCCUGGGUCAUCCAAACACAGCCACCUGCAUCCUGCAGCAGACCACAUUUGGAGUGGUUUUCUCUGUGGCUGUUUCAACCAUCUUAGCUAAAACGAUCACUGUGGUUCUGGCCUUCAAGCUCACAACUCCAACAAAAAGGAUGAGGUGGUUGCUUGUAUCAGGAGCACCGAACUUCAUCAUCCCCAUCUGCAUACUGAUCCAACUCAUCCUCUGUGGAGUCUGGCUGGGAACAUCUCCUCCCUUUAUUGAAGCAGAUUCACAUUCUGAACAUGGGCACAUCAUCAUUGUGUGCAACAAAGGCUCAGUAUCUGCCUUCUACUGUGUCCUGGGAUUCCUUGGCUCCCUCGCCCUGGGGAGCUUCACUAUAGCUUUCUUUGCCAGAAAGCUGCCCGACAAGUACAAUGAAGCGAAGUUUCUAACCUUCAGCAUGCUCGUGUUUUGCAGUGUGUGGGUCACGUUCCUGCCAGUGUACCACAGCACAAAGGGGAAGGUCAUGGUGGCUGUGGAGGUCUUCUCCAUCCUGGCCUCCAGUGCAGGUCUGCUCGGGUGCAUCUUUGUCCCUAAAUGCUAUAUUAUUUUCUUAAGGCCAGAGAGGAAUUUAUUCAGGAUGCACUGUGAGAAGAGAAAUCCUCUUCCUGUAUCUUUUAAAUGAUUUUCUAGCUAACUGAAAUUUCCUCUCCCCAUGUACAAGGAAUUACCCCAGAAUCUUAAUGGAUUGAUUGGAUAUAGUCACAUAUGUGGAACAUGUGAUCAUAUAAAGGGAGUGCUUAUUAAGGUAUUUGAAGUAAUGUUACAGUUGUAGAAUGACUUCUGAAAGGUCAUGCAGUUGAAACUAGUAUUUCAUAGUUCACUGAGUAUGUCAUAGUUUCUGGAAUCUACUGAGGAAAUAAAGGGCAUGAGAUGAGAUAAGUAGAAAUGAUUAUAGCAGAAAAUGAUAAGACUAUUGCAAUUUAUGUGAAAAAAAAUCGACUGUUAAGAGAACACAGAGAGAAUGGAGGUCCCAGAGCCUCUAUCCACUGCAAUCCAACUCCAGAUGCAUGGGCCACCUUGUGCAUCUGGCUUUCCUGAAGAAUUGAACCUGGGUACUUAGGCUUAUAGCCAAGUGCCUUAACCGCUAAGCCAUUACCCCAGCCCGGAACAUUACUGAAAAUUCAUAACAUGGCAGGGGUAUUUGUUUCUAAAA